CCUACCUGAAAGGAAGUGCACAAAGCUAAUAAGAAAAUCUGGCGUGUCUGCCGGGUCUUGCGAGCACUAUGCUGCGGUAAAAGGCCGCCGUUUUGCGGUGUUUACAGGGGAUGUUAGAGAGGGACAGAGGCACCGCUCUCCCCGACGGACCGCGCUGUGUCUGCUCUGCUCUGCCCAGCCCGCUGCAUCGCUGAGCGGCCUGCGAAGCACACAAGAUGUCGACCAGAACGCCAUUGCCCACGGUGAACGAGCGUGACACUGAGAAUCACUCAUCGGUGGACGGCUUUGUUGAGCCCCCAGUCCCCCCAACAAAGUCUGCGAGUCGUCACAGCCUGCCACGAUGUCGCAACUCUUUCACCUCCACAGAGGAGCAUCCCCAUAUUGGCAAUUAUCGCCUCCUCAAGACCAUUGGGAAGGGAAAUUUCGCCAAGGUGAAGCUGGCACGACAUGUCCUGACUGGACGAGAGGUGGCGGUGAAGAUUAUAGACAAAACCCAGCUGAAUCCCACCAGUCUACAGAAGCUUUUCAGGGAAGUCCGAAUAAUGAAGAUACUGAAUCACCCAAAUAUAGUGAAAUUGUUUGAGGUGAUUGAGACAGAGAAGACGCUUUAUUUGGUGAUGGAGUAUGCCAGUGGUGGAGAGGUAUUUGAUUAUCUAGUGGCUCAUGGCAGAAUGAAGGAGAAGGAGGCCAGGGCCAAGUUCAGACAGAUCGUGUCUGCGGUGCAGUAUUGUCACCAGAGGAGGAUAGUACACAGGGAUCUAAAAGCAGAGAACCUGUUGUUAGACGCUGACAUGAACAUCAAGAUAGCUGACUUUGGCUUCAGCAACGAGUUCACUGUGGGCAGUAAGCUGGACACGUUCUGUGGCUCUCCACCAUAUGCUGCUCCAGAACUCUUCCAGGGAAAGAAGUACGAUGGACCAGAAGUGGAUGUCUGGAGCCUCGGGGUCAUCCUCUACACACUGGUCAGCGGAUCACUGCCCUUCGACGGACAGAACCUAAAGGAGCUGAGGGAGAGGGUCCUGCGGGGAAAGUACCGCAUUCCUUUCUACAUGUCCACAGACUGUGAAAACCUGCUGAAGAAACUACUCGUGCUCAACCCUGUCAAACGAGGCAGUUUGGAGCAAAUCAUGAAAGACCAUUGGAUGAAUGUGGGUCAUGAGGAGGAGGAGCUGAAGCCUUACAUCGAGCCUGAGGCGGACUUCAGUGAUUCAUCCAGAAUAGAGCUCAUGGUCACGAUGGGUUUCCCUAAAGAUGAGAUCACGGAGUCUCUACAUAGCCAGAAGUACGAUGAUGUCAUGGCAACCUACCUGCUGUUAGGCAGAAAAGCUCCAGAGUUCGAGGGCAGCGAGCCUCUGACUAACAGCAUCUUGGGCCAGCGACAGCGACCGACCAGUGACAUCAACAACAGCUCCAGCAUUUCUCCCGCCCAUCCCAAGGUCACACGCAGCAUCUCGGCCAAUCAGAAGCAGCGCCGCUACAGUGAUCAUGUGGGUCCGUCUGUGCCCCCGGCGGUAUCGUACACGAAGCGCGGCCAGGCCCUGAGUGUGGAAAGUGACCACAGGGAGGAGUGGGACGGAGCACGCCGGCUGGAGCUCAACACUUCAAAAGGAGACGUUCCCGCUUCACCACUGGGGGUGCAGGAGAGGAAGAAAACUACAAGUGCUGUGGGGACCAAUGGAUCAAUGACUCGCAGGAACACAUAUGUGUGUGAACGUUCCUCCACUGACCGCUAUUCAGCUAUUCCCAAUGGCAAAGACAGCAGUUUAACUGAGGUGUCAGGUAGCACCCCAUCGACUGCAAUGAGCUCUACACGACCUCGUCACACCAAGUCCAUGUCAUCGUCAGGGCAUCCUUCAAAGAGCACACUGCCCCCCAUUGAUGACAACACAGAGCUGAAAGCCAGCUCCUCUCCGCGUGGACCCUCCACCUCUCCGUCUGCACACAGUAUUAGUACCCCAGAGAAGAACCGUUUCCCUCGUGGUACCACCAGUCGCAGCACCUUCCACGGAGCUCAGCUCAGAGACCGCCGCAGUGCUACCUACAAUGGCCCCCCGGCCUCGCCCACUCUGUCCCACGACACGGGGGCUCUCGCUCAGCAACGCAGGGGCACCUCCACCGGGAUCAUCGGCAAGAUCACCUCCAAGUUUGUCCGCAGAGCUCUGUCUUUCAGGUCAACCCGGAGGGUGCCUAGUGAGGGAGAGGCCAGUGCCAGGACAGAAACACCAAGGAGUGUGUCCGGUGAUACUAAAGAGGACGGCGGUCGGGACUCCAAGCCUCGCUCGCUGCGUUUCACCUGGAGCAUGAAGACCACCUCCUCCAUGGAGCCCGCCGAGAUGAUGAGGGAAAUCCGAAAGGUUCUGGACGCCAACAGCUGCGAUUACGAGCAGCGAGAACGCUUCCUGCUUUUCUGUGUCCACGGCGACGCUCGCCAGGACAACCUGGUCCAAUGGGAGAUGGAGGUGUGCAAGCUGCCCCGCCUUUCACUCAACGGCGUGCGCUUCAAGAGGAUAUCGGGCACGUCCAUCGCCUUUAAGAAUAUCGCCUGCAAAAUUGCCAAUGAGCUCAAACUGUGACAGCAGAUCCCAGUCUGUCUUUUGGUGAGUUCGAGUUACGGUCUCAUCUCAUCACUGGAUUAGUGUUGACUUGACAGGACAAAAUUCAGCACUGAAGGUCCUCACCAUGCAGAAUCAGGGUGGACUUGGCUGGUAACGUGCAAUACUGGCCACGAAUGUACUGUACAGGGUAGUGGAUCAGAGAGAUCUCGCAAGGUUUAACCUCUGUGACGGAGAGAGAUAGCAAAAACAGCUAACCCCCACCCCCCACCCUUUUUUUUUUCUUCUUCCGUCCGGCUCUCUGUCUCUUUCAUCAGCCCGCUGCUCCUCGUCAUAGGACACAUUCAUGUAACACAUGCAGUAUGCAACUGAAGAUGACCAUCCUGCAAUAAUGUUUUCAAUCUCUUUUUCUAAAUGCCUACUAAAAGAUCUACUCCCCUCGCUGAAUAACCAUUAAAAUUACUGAAAGCUAAAAUAGCCGCUUUUCCACCUGUGUUAAGUCAGUAUAUAGAUCAGGCUGGAGUCCAUACUAAAACUAUGUAAAAAGAGAAUUGUACUGUAUGCAUAACAUCUGCAGGUACUGUAUUGUAUAUUGAUUUUGAGUUCUGUACAGAAUUUUAUUGUCAAUACUGUCUUUUUUCAUGGAGUUUGAGUUCUUUCCUAAUAUAAUUGAUGUGUCUUAGAGCAUUAUCCUUUCAGUCUGUGAGUUUUUUUUAAUUCUUUUUUUUUAAGAGCCACCAUAUGAAAAUAGUGUUUUUAAUUUUAUUUAAAGAGCACUAAAUUAUUUUGUGGAAUAUUAAGGGAUGUGUUCCCUUGCCUUUUAUGUUAUAUUUUAUUUGCCUACAGAAAAAAAAACACUAAGUUGCACCACAUAGACUUAGUAGUAACUUCAGUUGAAACUGAAAAUGUGUUCACUUUAUUUUCUCUCAGCAGCAGGCAGGUGAUUCAGAGGUCCUGCUGCUAUUGCACAAGUUUUCCAGGGUGAUGUGUAUGAACAUGAGAGUAUGCACCUGUAUUUCUUUCAUGUUAGUUUGGUUAGUCCUCAAUUACAAAAAAAAACUGCAGGGUUUAAAUUGGUUUCCUUUAGAAAGCAGAGGACAGGACGUCUUUAUCCAAAGGACUGAAGAUGCAUGAAAAGUCAAACAAUCACCAUCAGAGAAGCAGUUUGUCUCGACGAGCCUUUCUAAAGAGCCUGAUUUAGUCCUGCCACCAGUGUGAUUGUGCAGGUACUUGUGUAUCUCCUUGCUUGUGUUUUUUUUUUCUUUUUUUUUUUUUUUUUAAUUCAGCGGAUUUUAUUGUAUUUAUUCCAUUACAUUGUAAUGUGCUGCUUUGUAGAAUUGAGGCGUGCACUUUG